GAUUUUUUCAACGUUAAACGUUUGGUAAUGUGAAAGAUUUUUGAAAUUUACGUUGUAGUGGUAAAUUGUAAAAUCAAGGCGGGAAAUCUACAAGUGCCGGGGAAAGUAAACGAAAUUGUGAAGGAAAAAGUUUGAAGAACACGUAUUUACUAGAACAAACUGAUAACAUUUAAAAGCACUUAAUAAAAAUUUUUCGGCCGGUUUAUUCAGUUUCAGUUUAGUCAGCGAUUUUUAAAGUUAAGUCGCAAUGGCCUCCAAAGUUCCCGGUGUUAAAUUGAAUAAUGGGCUGGUGAUGCCAAUCUUCGGCUUGGGCACUUGGAAGGGUAGUACUGCUGACUAUGCUGUGAUUUACUUGCGACCUAAGCUUUUUGCUCCUGGUCAAGCUUAUGUCACCUUGAGCCGUAUCAAAUCGUUGGAUGGCCUUCUCAUCGAAGACUUAGAUAUUUCAAAAUUGACAGGAAAGACUCCCUGCAAUAUCGAUGCGCUAGCUGAAAUGCAUAGACUUAGACAAAUCUAA